UGCAAUUGCAGAAUGGAUUUUCAGAAAUUUGUUACAAGUCAGUAGUUGAUUAUAACUUUUCGAGUAAAAUAGGCAUUUCUGGUUUAAAUGCGUAAUACAUGAACUAGUCACAUGUGCAAAGCAGCCAUGGAUCAACGAUCGUUCCCUCGCCUAUGGCCAUCGUUUGGACACGAUAUGACCGGUACAACUUGCAGUUCAAGUCUUAAUUUCAAUUUCGUAAAUGGAAUCAAAGAUGGGCUCGAUGUUCGGAGAAAUCAUUUCGUUCAAACCAACGAGCUGGGAUUAGAAAAACAGCUGAACGAAAAGCGCUGCUUGAAAGAAUCUUUUGCGGUUUCUCGAGACAUGAAAGGGUUCGGAAACAUCCCUCCAUCCCUUAUGCCUUUGUUGCUGUAUUCAGGUUACAACUGGACGACACAGGCGACUGUGGGAAUACGAAGCAGAGAUCUAAAAUUUGGAAUAGACAGGAUUGUUUUUAAUGAGAGUGGCGGUGAGCCCACCUUUAAGGCCGACCAUUUUCACCCAGGCAAAGCCCUAUACAACCAGCAUUAUUUUUUGCCGCCGGAGAAAUGGGUAGCCGGUGGCAGGGAAUCGGUCAUGGCGUCACCCUAUACGUUUCCUUUAUCCGAUCAAGUUGGAUCGCGUCAACGAAUAUUUGACACAAAAUGCUUUGGACCUUCAGUUUUUCCAGGUCCAUACUCGGUAAUAGGGAGGCAUACGGACCCUUUCGCCAUUGCGGCUACCUCUGGGAGGAGAAAACGCUCGUGGACACGGGCUGUAUUUUCCUCUCUCCAGAGAAAGGGCUUGGAAAAACGCUUCGAGCUACAGAAAUACGUCUCGAAGAACGACCGCCGGCAAAUAGCAGCAAUGCUUGGACUUACCGACGCACAGGUUAAAGUUUGGUUUCAAAAUCGCCGAAUGAAAUGGAGACAAGCAAAAGAAAAAGAGGAGCGUCAUUUAGAAAAGAACGAAACCGAAACAACAAAAGACGACGGAGGAAAAAUUCCUAUUACUCAGAGCCUGCCCUCUUAAAAGAUACGUCUUUUUAUACUUGACAGUAAAACGUUAACAAAUUUGCCAUGGUUUUUACUUGAUAUACAAAAAGAAAUGCCAGUAAAAGACUAAAAGGAACUUAUUCUUGCUGUACUUCGGGAUCUUCACGGAUGUCAAUUCUCUUUUUAAUAUAACGCCAAGAAAAACAUUUAAGGAAACAGAAAACUAUAGCUAUCAACGGCUGAAACUUUUAUUGGAGUUUACGUAACCUCUUACUAUUUACCUUUGCCAAAUUAUUGUAGUGUGACGAACGUGGUGGGGGACGGCUGUAAAAUGUCUAAAGUGCAUAUUCGAUUAACCUAAUCUGUACCGAAUGUUCUUCGAAAUAGAGUAAGACAAACAGAGGAAAGGAAAUACUUUUCAUCGGCACUGCUCAAUCGAACAAGAAAUGCGUUUUAUUUGGACUUUUAUUUGUGAACCGUAGCUGGAAAAGUGCGAAGGCAUUCUGCACAUCGUCUAAUUAAAUUGGACUAUGGCUUUCGAUUAAAAAUUGCGGUUUUUCAAAAUUAAGCUGACAAUUGGCAAAUUUGGGGUUUGCAGCUGACAUUUAUCAAGCUUCAUUUUAGGGAUAACCAGAUAAACAGAGAGAAAGAGUGUACUUAGCAAAUAAGUAUAAAAAGCUUUGAGGACCGUUGCUCUUGUUUUUCACUUUGACAUUAUUUGUGUUGCCCCAACAAUGCGCACUAGAGGUGUGAUAAGAAAGCGUUAGUGGAAAAAUAAAAGUUCAGCAACAGUCUUUUCUAUCAUCACAGUACAUUUAAAACGAGCGGAAGUGCCAAGAAAAGAUAUAUCAAGGUUAAGCUACUGUUUAUGUUACAGUUAAAUGAAUUGCUAUUAUCAUAACCUUUAUAGUUGAUACGGCGAAAGAUCACCAAAUGAUGCGAGCCAUACUGUACAUCGAAAAGUGUCUAGUACCUAUAGCAUCUUGGGUAAUAUUUCAGAUACGUU